CUUGCGCUGGGACACACCAACUCUCAUCCAAUGCAGCGUACUCACAUCGAACGCCUCCUAUCCUCACUCCGACCGAAGUAACAAAAGAAAGCUGGAAUAAGUGCGGUGGUAGCCUUUUGAAAUUGACAACAAUCCGCAAAGAAUUCUCGAUAAUAGAGUUACUCUAUAGGUAUACCCUCCUGGUGACCGAUUUGUUUUUAAAGAUGGUUUCUGCCACACCAGUUUCCGGUAGGCCGAGGCAACCCAUUUUGUUGGCGGUAUUCUUGGCGGUUGUGAUGCCAUCAGCCGCUCUCGACGAAAGACGAAUUCUUGUCGAGUUCUUUGAAGCAACGAGUGGAGCGCAAUGGCUGAAGAAGGACAAUUGGGGAUCUGAUCAACCCAUAUGUUCCUGGCAUGGGGUAUCUUGUCUAGAUGGGUCCCAGACAGGAGACAGCGAAGUGGAUACUAUCCAACUGCCCGAGAAUAACAUUGCAGGCGCCAUCCCAUCCAGCCUCUAUUCGAUGCCUCUGCUGCGAUUCCUUGAUUUAGAAGGAAAUCCAAUCACCAAUGCUGGGUUUGGAGGCUUUCAAGAAGCCAAACAGGGGACAGGGAUCAGCGUUAGUCCCUUGGAAACAUUGGCCUUAAAUAACUGCAACUUGCGUGAUAUUGCAGGAGUCGGAGGAGCACCAACUUCACUGCGUGAUUUGAGGUUGGCAGGAAACAGUUUGCAGGGGGAUUUCCCAACAGAGUUGUUUCAAGUGACAAGCUUGAGACGUCUUUUUCUCGAUCAAAAUGCCAUUACUGGGGCAAUCCCUUCCACCAUUGGAAACAUGGACAGGUUGAUUGACUUUCAUGCAAUCGGUGUUCCAUUCACAGGCAAGAUCCCUUCCGAAUUUGGGCUCUUGACCAAGCUAGUUACGAUGGUUCUUCGCGAUAACGAUUUCACUGGGACCAUCCCUACUGAACUCAACAAUAUGUUGGACCUGGAGAUUCUGAGCAUUGGUCGUUCAACAGAGGCAGGGCAAGGAAAGUUAUCAGGUCCUUUGCCAUCCUUCUCACAGCUUCCAUACUUGGAACUACUAGACUUUUCACUCAACAAACUAAAUGGAACAAUUCCUCGCGACUUCUUCUUGGGCAACCAACGAACGGAUGAUCUCGUGAUUGUUCGCUUGGAUGGAAACGAGUUAACCGGUACACUCCCGAAGCAGCUAGGUUGGAUCGACUCGAUGGAUCUAGGAUUGACAGGAAAUCUGUUGGUUGGACCUAUUCCACAAGAGCUGUGCGAAAAGAAGCAAUGGAUGACAGGAUUAGUAGAACAGUUUGCUUGUGAUGCCAUUCUAUGUCCUGCCGGAACCUUCAACGAAGAUGGCAAACAUACUCUAACUGCGGAUUGCGAGCCAUGUGCAACCGCCGGAGAGUCAUCGCUUUACCUGGGACAAACAACAUGUGGGGGAAGUGCAUCUGCGGACGACCAACCAUGGAUGAUCCUAGCACAAUUCUAUCUUGCACUGGGAGGAAGCUCUUGGACCAACAAGGCUGGUUGGUCCUCCAUUGAUGCCUUCUUGUUGAACAGUCGCUUGUCUGAUUUGAAAUCUUCCGACCUCGAUAUCUGCAGCUUUUUUGGAGUCACAUGUACACAAUCUGGGGAUGUCCAGAAAAUCGAUCUCUCGGACAAUAGACUUUUUGGGGCCGUGCCCGCCGCUGUAUUUUCACUUGCAGCGAUGACUGAAUUUGAUGUAUCAUCGAAUCGCGUUAGUGUUGAUCAGGAAGGGUUCGCUGCGAUUGUCACUACGGGUGUUCUGACCAAGCUCGCUUUGUCGCACACGGAGGUCAAUUCAUUGGCAGGCUUGGAGGGUGCAGUCUCCCUGCAACACUUGUACUUGGAUGGUGUCAAAUUUGAAGCAACCCUGCCCAAUGCUUUGUUUUCGCUCACCAACCUGCAAACUUUGGAAUUCCCGAACAGCAAUUUGCGCGGACCAAUCCCAACGCGCAUUGGCAGCCUACAGUCCUUGGUGAGAAUCGAAUUACGAUGGAAUGAUUUGACCGGGCAACUUCCUUCUGAGUUUGGGCUGUUGACCAACCUAGAAGAACUGGAUCUUUCGUACAACAAUUUUGAAGGCAAUUUUCCUACAGAAAUGAUCCUUCUGCCAAAACUAAGAGAGCUGGAGCUGGGCAGGUCUGAAAGAGGUGGACUAGGAGGACCUCUUCCAACUCUGGCCGGUCUUACAUCUCUUGAAGUUUUGGGUUUUGCAUACAACAACUUUGAAGGGAGCAUGCCAGAUUUAUUCUUGAGCGGUGUUGGUGACAAGUCGAAGAGCAUGAAGGUCGGUCUCGGCUUCAACCGUUUGACAGGAGUAGUUCCUCACCAACUAGAUGUGUUCUCCAACAUGGUCUUGGAACUCGAGGGAAACGGCAUCACAGACCUCCCAUCUGUGUUCUGCGACAAUACUUUGUGGAUGGAAGGCUAUGUGGGUAGCGCCACAUUUGGUUGCAACGCAAUUCUCUGCCCGCCAGGAACAUGGAACACCAACGGAAAGGAAACGAACGGGUCCCUAUGUGAAGCGUGCAGCGACAACGACGUCUAUGGGGCCACGCACUGCGGUGACACUAUUGCACCCACAACCACAACAGGAGAAGGUUCUGUCAAUUCUACACAUUCUGGAACACCGAAAACGGAAGCUGCCAUUCUAGAUAUGCUGUUUGCUGCUACCAACGGGAAGGACUGGACAGCCCCUCAUGAUGGCUGGACUGCUGGUUCGAAUGUUUGCAAUCGACAAGGUGUUUCUUGCGACGAUGAUGGCAAUGUAGAUGCUUUGAGGCUAAACAGAUUUGGCAUGAGCGGACAAAUCCCGACAGAGAUUUUCCAGCUUCAGAAGAACCGAGUUUUGGGUUUUACAGACAACAACGUGGAUCUUCUAUUUGAUGGCAUUGAACAAAGCCUCGCGCUUGAAACUUUGCUCAUGUCAAACACAAAGAUCAAAAGCCUCCAAGGUCUGCAGAGGGCAUCGCCUACUCUCAAGUCUAUCCACGUAGCCCGAAACCAACUUGGCGGUAGCCUGCCUGAUAGUAUUCUGGGCCUGCAGGGACUUCGCAAGCUCUUCUUCAACGAGAAUAUGUUUACCGGUCCGCUCCCAGCAGGCAUUGGAGCAAUGACAACACUAAAGGAGCUUCAUUUGUGGGAUAAUCUCUUCACCGGUCACAUCCCCUCUGAAAUCGGGUUGUUGACCAAUCUACAAGAUCUAGAUUUGAGAAGCAACAGGUUGUCCGGUCCUAUUCCAGCAGAGUUUGCGCAGUUGACCCAGAUUGUUCAAGUGGACCUCUCCAGUCAGGGCGGCUCUGACAAGCUAAGCGGGCCUUUGUAUGCAUUCCCUUCAAAUUCACUGUUGCAGUAUUUGAACGUAUCCAAAAACGCCUUUGCGGGUACUAUCCCCUCUAGCAUGCUGUCGUCGGUGGACAAGACCAAGGAGAUUGUCCUGGAUGUUUCUAACAACGAGUUGUCAGGAGGUGUGCCAUCUCAAUUCAGCAUCUUUGAGAAACUCGACCUUUACGCAGCAGGGAACAAGAUCAACGCCCUUCCCGAAGCAUUGUGCAACAUCGGAGGGUGGAUGUCAGGAGACCUCGCAACAAUCGGUACCUGUGACGCGAUUCUAUGCCCCCCUGGGACUUACUCGUCUACAGGAAGAGCCAACACCACGGCCAAUUGCGCUCCUUGUGCCUCGGGGGAAUCGGCCACGUACUACGGAUCCUUGAGUUGCAGCAACGCCGCACAAGACACUGAACGUGAUAUCUUGACAGGCUUUUACAAUGACCUGAAUGGGGCCAAAUGGACCAGCAACUUCAACUGGGGCACUGAAAGUGGCGUUUGCACUUGGUUUGGCAUUACUUGUAACGAUGCGCUCUCUGUUGUCGAGAUCAAGCUCGCAAGCAACCAGAUUGUCUCUACGAAGGAAGAUAUCAAAUCCAUAGCGAAGAUCUUUGAGCUACCAAAUCUCCAGGUUAUCGAUUUGAAAGGCAACUCUGUCUAUUUGGACUUCACACAGAUUCAGUUUUCGUCAUCACUGCAGUCUAUGCGUGUUAGCGGUACUGGCCUCACGUCGUUGGCAGGUUUAAGUCGUGCUACCAAGCUCCGACGUCUCCAUGCGACCGACAACCUGUUGAAUGGGACGCUUCCAGCUGAGAUGUUUGACUUGACAAAUCUGAGAAGUCUUUACUUGUCGUUUAACUCGAUCGAAGGAACGAUUCCUCGAUUGUUUUCCUCAUUGACUGACCUGCAAGAGGUAUACCUCUACGGAAACAAGCUUGAAAAGAGUGUUCCAACAGAGCUGGGCUUGCUUGGCAAUCUACGAGAGCUGGUUUUGGCUAGGAAUUACCUCACUGGGACUAUUCCAACUGAGUUGAGCUCGUUGAGUCACCUGGAACAACUGUCGCUCUAUGACCAACAAGGCGACACUCGAAUCAAUGGACAGCUGCCGACCUUUGAAAACUCUCCAAAUGUAUGGUUCUUCGAUGUAUCCAACUGUGAUCUGACUGGCACCAUCCCGGGGAAUUUCAUGGCGAAUAGUGUCCACGUUAACGCAUCAGUUACACUCAUUAUGAAGAACAAUAAGAUCUCAGGCACGAUCCCCUCGUCGCUUAAGAGGUUCGACUCCCUGGACAUCGAUUUGACCGGGAACCAAAUCGAAGGAAUCAGCAACGACUUGUGUCACAAGAAUGGAUGGAUGAAGGGCGAGGUCGGGAUCAUUGGAAGCUGCGACGCAAUUGUGUGCCCUCAAGGAUACUACAACGAACACGGUCGGCAAAAGUCCGCAGAGUCGCCAUGUACAAGUUGCAAGGACUUGAGCAAAAGUCCCUAUCUGGGGCAGACGCAAUGCAGGAGUUUUGAAGGCGAACGAGGUGCUUUGAACCUAUUGUAUUCGGCCACAGGAGGAAAGCAUUGGACUUCAAGCGAUAAGUGGAGUACAGAUGCUCCCGUUUGCAGUUGGGAGGGUAUUGAAUGCGGCGAUGGAAGCCCUGAAGACGACACCGGUGUCACAGCGAUAAAGUUAGAAAAGAAGAACCUGGCAGGAAGUCUUCCAACGGCUCUCUGGUCCUUGCCUUCCAUUCGUUCGAUUUUGCUGUCCGGAAAUGAGGAUCUGUCCAUAACAUUUGAUGGACUGUCAAAUGCGGCGUCGACACUACAAGUGCUGCAAGUUUCCAACACUAAAAUGGACUCGCUCGAAGGAAUUGAGCAAGCUACAAGCUUGAAAGAUCUUUUCGUGGAUGAAAACGGGCUAACAGGUGCAUUCCCGCAUGAAAUCUUUGACCUCCACAACUCUCUGGAGAAAUUUCGUUUGUCUGCAAACUACUUUUAUGGGUCGCUGCCAACCGAGAUCACUAAAAUGACGAAGUUGAUGGAGUUUCAUGCUGCGGAUAACGAGUUCUAUGCGACGAUUCCUUCGGAACUUGCACUUCUCACGAAACUGCAGAGUGUUGCACUGAACGAGAAUCUUUUCUAUGGCGAUCUUCCCACGGAGCUUUCAAACAUGCCCCAGCUGCAGAUCUUCUCGGUUCGCAGGGAGAGAAAGGCAGGCCCACGUCUAUCAGGCAAAAUCCCUCCAUUCAACAAUUGCCCGAGCCUUACAGUUCUCUUCCUUGACGGUAACGACUUUUCGGGUGAAAUCCCUUCCACCUUCUUGAGUUCUUCCAGUUCUGUUUAUCUUGUUGACCUGAAGAACAACUCAAUCUCAGGUGGGGUGCCUGAAGCUCUUGACAAUCUCGGUGAACUUGACAUUCGACUGGAGGGGAAUCAGAUAACUACAUUGCCGCAGGCAUUCUGCGAUAACACCGAUUGGAUGGGUGGAAAUGUUGGAAGACUCAAGUCGUGCGACGCAAUCAUGUGCGGGCCUGGAACCGCAAAUCCAAAUGGCCGCGCGCUGAGCUCUCCUGAUGAGUGCAAGGCGUGUUCUUCUCAAAAAGCCGCUCCGUUCUAUGGAAGCAGGAGUUGUGAGCCAGUCCUAACUGAAAGGGAGAUACUCGUCAAGCUAUACGAAUCCUGCAAUGGCGCCGAGUGGAAGAUUGCGAAAAACUGGAACUCCAACACGGAUGUUUGUGAAUGGCAUGGAAUUGGUUGCAAGGAUGGCCAUGUUAUCCUGAUCAAUCUAGGGGCAAACAAUCUUAAGGGGAGCCCGCCUCACGAGCUGUUCGAUUUGCCCAGGCUGGAAAUCUUGUGGCUCAAUUCGAACCCCAUCAGAUUCAGUUUCGAACACAUUGGUCGUGCCACGAACUUGAUGGAUCUUCGAGUAGACGAAACCUCCAUGACAUCGCUGGAUGGAGUUGGGGCUGCUGUGUACCUGACAUCUCUUCACGUCGGUUUCAACGCAAUCGGAGGGCCGUUCCCAGCAGAGUUGCUUCAAUUGAAGAACAUCAGGACGCUUUCGAUGAACAACAACGUGUUGACCGGCCCCAUUCCGGAUAUGACUGACCUUGCAUUCCUCAGAACGCUUCGUCUCGGCCACAACAAGUUCCGCGGAGCUGUUCCAUCCUUUGAAGGCAUGCAUAUCCUCAACACGAUUGAUAUCUCGGGCAAUGAACUUUCUGGUUCCAUGCCCGAUAGCUUUCUUGAGAGAGUGGGCCCCAGGUUGAAACUGGACUUGGAUUUGUCUAACAACAAAAUCACAGGAACUGUUCCCCGUUCCUUGUCCAGGUUUGAAAACCUGUCUUUGUAUCUACGAGGCAAUAUGAUUGGAGAAAUACCGAACGGGCUUUGCAACAAGGCGAAUUGGAACAACGGGGAUGUUGGCAAGUUUGGCUGUGAUGGACUUUUGUGUGCGCCGGGGACAUCAAGCUUUGAUGGGCGAUACAGUUCUAGGAGCUCUGGAUGCGAAGCGUGUCCUGAGGCAAAGUACUAUGGACAGGUUGCUUGUGUCGGUGUCGGUGCACCUGUGACUGCUGCAUCCUCAGCAACUGCUUCUCGCCUGUGCUUUACCUUUGGCCUCCUCAUGACUGUUAUGGGGGUAGUCGCCUUGUAGUGUUUAAAGCCUGAUAUUGUAAAUGGCGAGUUCUUUAUCUCUUCCAAGUGAUUUUGUAUGUAGACUGCUAGCUAGCCCAGCGCACCUUGCCAAGACG